UGGUGGAUGGUCCUCGAGGGUUUAUUGGUAAAGAAAAAUAACUAGAAUUCGUGUAAGCUAAGGAUCCCCACCACCCCAACGCAACAACCACGCACAGUCCGAAAUCGAAAGUCCUUGGUAUUUUCCUCGUCCUCUUUCCUUUGGAAGUAACAAUAUAUAUAGCAUAAAACCACUACCACCCACAAGAAGAAGAACAACAAUUCCCGAAACAACUCUACUGUGUAAUUCCGAAACCCCUUUGUUUUUCGUUUUGCUUGUACUUUAGCAGAAGUCAAUGGAAGGCGAGACACUGAGUUUUGGCCUCUCUACUGCUUCCAGAAGCUACCAAUCGAGUCUUAAGUCACACUUCGAGCUCUUUAUCGAUUUUGACGAGAUCAAUGGGGAUGAUGAGUUGAGGACGGUUUAUCCAUGCCCUUUUUGCGCUGAGGAUUUUGAUCUUCUUGAGCUAUGUUGCCAUAUUGACUUGGACCAUCCAAUAGACGCCAAGUCUGGGAUUUGUCCUGUUUGUGCUAUGUGGAUAGGGACAAAUAUGGUUGAUCAUAUAGCAGCACAACAUGGAAACAUGUUCAAGAGUCAGCUGAAAUCAAAAUGCUACAAACAUGAAUCCUACCCAGCUCUUUCCUUUUCAAGAAAGUGUCAACGUGCUGGACACUGGCAGUCCUUUUCUGCUGGGUUAUCUCCUGUGACAUCUACCUCCAAAACAGUUUGUGAUCCAUGGCUGUCAUUUUUAGAUGGUGCAUGUGCUGUCGAUGAACAAGAAUGUGGGCAGCCAUAUUCUUCAAGUGAAGUAGGCAUUGAAGAAAUACACUCAGAUGACAAAGUGUUAAAAAGAGAUGUUCAGCCUUCAUUAUCUGACAAAGACCAAAUAGAGAAAGCACGGAACAGUGAAUUUGUACAGGGACUUUUGUUGUCUACUAUCCUUGAUGCUGACUUCUGAUUGUGACAAUUAAGAACAACAGUUGCUAGUUUCAAUUUGAUAGGUAAAAAAUUAUUGUAGUUUUUACUUCCAAUCUUGAAACUGAUUCAUGGCCAUAGAAUUCCUAUUUCUAUUGUAUGCAAGAGAUACAUCUAGUAUAGAGAGCUAAGCAAUAUGUAGGAAUUUAAUGUAAUGUAUGUUCAUGCAAUGCAGUUAUGAAGUUCAGAACAAUUGCGUACACUUUAUGGGCUAUAACUGAGAUUACGUGAGAAAACGUGUUUGUAACGAUGGGAUGUUCUGCACACUCGUGGGUCCCACCUAAUUAAGAUGUACUGUUGAGUUCAUUGAGCAGGAAUAACACCUAUUAUGUUAU